GAAAAAGAGACCAAUAAAGUUUAUUCUGGAAACAAAAGGAAAAAAAAACAGGGGCGACAGAGAAAGGAGACGGGGGCGGGGGCGUGUGACUGGGGCGAGCGAGCCGAGGCGGCGAGAAGGAGAAAGAGGCAGUUCCGGUGCCGCCACUGCGGCCGCCGAGUGUCGGGGCUGCUGCCGCCGGCCGCGGGCGCGGGGGCCGCCGGCGAGGCAGGGCUCGGGCCCGGCCGGGCAGCUCCGGAGCGGCGGGCGAGCGGGGCCGGGAGGCGGGGGCCGCGCCGCCGCCGCCCGCGGGGCCCGGGACCGAUGCGGUUCGACCCGCGGAGCCUGGAGGAGCGCCGAGAAUUUCUCCUUUGGGACAGCCACGGACUUAAUUCCUUAAAGUAGUUUUAUAUGUAAAACUCAUAUAAGAUCAGAAAAAUGCCUCCAAGACCAUCAUCAGGUGAACUGUGGGGCAUCCACUUGAUGCCCCCAAGAAUCCUAGUAGAAUGUUUACUACCAAAUGGAAUGAUAGUGACUUUAGAAUGCCUCCGUGAGGCUACACUAAUAACUAUAAAACAUGAACUAUUUAAAGAAGCAAGAAAAUACCCUCUCCAUCAACUUCUUCAAGAUGAGUCUUCUUACAUUUUCGUAAGUGUUACCCAAGAAGCAGAAAGGGAAGAAUUUUUUGAUGAAACCCGACGACUUUGUGACCUUCGGCUUUUUCAACCAUUUUUAAAAGUAAUUGAACCAGUAGGCAACCGUGAAGAAAAGAUCCUCAAUCGAGAAAUUGGUUUUGCUAUCGGCAUGCCAGUGUGUGAAUUUGAUAUGGUUAAAGAUCCAGAAGUACAGGACUUCCGAAGGAAUAUUCUUAAUGUUUGUAAAGAAGCUGUGGAUCUUAGGGAUUUUAAUUCACCUCAUAGUAGGGCAAUGUAUGUCUAUCCUCCAAAUGUAGAAUCUUCACCAGAACUGCCAAAGCACAUAUAUAAUAAAUUAGAUAAAGGACAAAUAAUAGUGGUGAUUUGGGUAAUAGUUUCUCCAAAUAAUGACAAACAGAAGUAUACUCUGAAAAUCAACCAUGACUGUGUGCCAGAACAAGUCAUUGCGGAGGCAAUCAGGAAAAAGACUCGAAGUAUGUUGCUGUCAUCUGAACAACUAAAACUGUGUGUUUUAGAAUAUCAGGGCAAGUAUAUCUUAAAAGUGUGUGGAUGUGAUGAAUACUUCCUAGAAAAAUAUCCUCUGAGUCAGUAUAAGUAUAUAAGAAGCUGUAUAAUGCUCGGAAGGAUGCCCAACUUGAUGUUGAUGGCUAAAGAAAGCCUGUACUCUCAGCUGCCAAUGGACUGUUUCACAAUGCCAUCUUACUCCAGACGCAUCUCCACAGCUACACCGUACAUGAAUGGAGAAACAUCUACAAAAUCCCUCUGGGUUAUAAAUAGUGCACUCAGAAUAAAAAUUCUCUGUGCAACAUAUGUGAAUGUAAAUAUUCGAGACAUUGACAAGAUCUAUGUUAGAACAGGUAUUUACCAUGGAGGAGAACCCUUAUGUGAUAAUGUGAAUACUCAAAGAGUACCUUGUUCCAAUCCUAGGUGGAAUGAGUGGCUGAAUUACGACAUCUACAUUCCCGACCUUCCUCGCGCUGCGCGGCUCUGCCUGUCCAUCUGCUCCGUGAAGGGCCGGAAGGGUGCCAAGGAGGAACACUGUCCAUUGGCCUGGGGAAAUAUAAACUUAUUUGAUUAUACAGAUACUUUAGUAUCUGGAAAAAUGGCUUUGAAUCUUUGGCCAGUACCUCAUGGAUUAGAAGACUUGCUGAACCCUAUUGGCGUUACUGGGUCAAAUCCCAAUAAAGAAACUCCAUGCUUAGAGUUGGAGUUUGACUGGUUUAGCAGUGUGGUCAAAUUUCCGGAUAUGUCAGUGAUUGAAGAACAUGCCAAUUGGUCUGUAUCCCGAGAAGCCGGAUUUAGUUAUUCGCAUGCAGGACUGAGUAACAGACUAGCUAGAGACAAUGAAUUAAGAGAGAAUGAUAAAGAACAGCUCCGAGCAAUCUGUACACGUGAUCCUCUAUCUGAAAUCACUGAGCAAGAAAAGGAUUUCCUGUGGAGCCACAGACACUAUUGUGUAACUAUUCCUGAAAUUCUGCCUAAACUGCUUCUUUCUGUUAAAUGGAAUUCUAGAGAUGAAGUAGCUCAGAUGUACUGCCUGGUUAAAGAUUGGCCUCCGAUCAAACCUGAACAGGCUAUGGAGCUCUUGGAUUGCAAUUACCCAGAUCCUAUGGUUCGAGGUUUUGCUGUUCGAUGUUUGGAAAAAUACCUAACAGAUGACAAACUUUCUCAGUACUUAAUUCAGCUUGUACAGGUCCUAAAAUAUGAACAAUAUUUGGACAACCUGCUUGUGAGAUUUUUACUCAAGAAAGCAUUGACUAAUCAAAGGAUUGGCCACUUUUUCUUUUGGCAUUUAAAAUCUGAGAUGCACAAUAAGACAGUGAGCCAGCGCUUCGGGCUGCUUUUGGAGUCCUAUUGUCGUGCAUGUGGCAUGUAUUUAAAGCACCUGAAUAGGCAAGUGGAGGCUAUGGAAAAGCUUAUCAAUUUAACGGACAUCCUCAAGCAAGAGAAGAAGGAUGAAACACAAAAGGUACAGAUGAAGUUUUUAGUUGAGCAAAUGAGGCGGCCAGAUUUCAUGGAUGCCCUCCAGGGCUUUCUCUCUCCUCUAAACCCCGCUCAUCAACUAGGAAAUCUCAGGCUCGAAGAGUGUCGAAUUAUGUCCUCUGCAAAAAGGCCACUCUGGUUGAAUUGGGAGAAUCCAGACAUCAUGUCAGAGUUACUCUUUCAGAACAAUGAGAUCAUCUUUAAAAAUGGGGAUGAUUUACGACAAGAUAUGCUGACACUUCAGAUUAUUCGCAUUAUGGAAAAUAUAUGGCAAAAUCAAGGUCUUGAUCUUCGAAUGCUACCCUAUGGUUGUCUGUCAAUUGGAGACUGUGUGGGACUGAUCGAGGUGGUGAGAAAUUCUCACACUAUUAUGCAAAUCCAGUGCAAAGGUGGCCUGAAAGGAGCGCUGCAGUUCAACAGCCACACGCUGCACCAGUGGCUCAAGGACAAGAACAAAGGGGAAAUAUAUGAUGCAGCUAUUGACCUAUUUACACGCUCCUGUGCGGGAUACUGUGUCGCCACCUUUAUUUUGGGAAUUGGAGAUCGUCACAAUAGUAACAUCAUGGUCAAAGAUGAUGGACAACUGUUUCAUAUCGAUUUCGGACACUUUUUGGAUCACAAAAAGAAAAAAUUUGGUUAUAAACGAGAACGUGUGCCAUUUGUCUUGACACAAGAUUUCUUGAUCGUAAUUAGUAAAGGAGCUCAAGAAUGUACAAAGACAAGAGAAUUUGAGAGGUUUCAGGAGAUGUGUUACAAGGCUUACCUUGCUAUUCGGCAGCAUGCUAAUCUCUUCAUAAAUCUUUUCUCAAUGAUGCUUGGCUCUGGAAUGCCAGAACUCCAGUCUUUUGAUGAUAUUGCAUAUAUUCGAAAGACUCUAGCAUUAGAUAAAACUGAACAAGAGGCUUUGGAAUAUUUCAUGAAACAAAUGAAUGAUGCACAUCAUGGUGGCUGGACAACAAAAAUGGAUUGGAUCUUCCACACAAUUAAGCAGCAUGCUUUGAACUGAAGUGAUAACUGAGAAACAGAAAGCUCGGUAUCUGGAUUCUAUACUGCACUGUUAAUAACUGUCAGCAGACAAAGACUGAUUGCAUAGGAAUUGCACAAUCCAUGAACAGCAUUAGAAUUUACAGCAAGAACAGAAAUAAAAUACUAUAUAAUUUAAAUAAUGUAAACGCAAACAGGGUUUGAUAGCACUAAACUAGUUCAUUUCAAAAUUAAGCUUUAGAAUAAUGCGCAAUUUCAUGUUAUGCCUUAAGUCCAAAAAGGUAAACUUUGAAGAUUGUUUGUAUCUUUUUUUUAAAAAACAAAACAAAAAAAUCCCCAAAAUAUAUAGAAAUGGUGGAGAGGAAAAAGAAUGAUGUUCUCUUUUUUGCAAGUGUUCUGUUUCAAAAUGUGGACAUAACAGUCUACCACUGCAUUAGAUCCAAGUGAACUGGAGUUUGAUGUUAAAUUACAGUAAGAUUGGAAAAUAAUGAAAAUUGACGUAUUUUUCCAUUGCUGUUCAGUUUAUAGUUUGAAGUGGGUUUUUUGACUCCUUGUUUAAUGAAGAAAAGUGCUUGCGGUAGAAGGGACUCAAGAUUUCACCAGAGACUUUCUUUUUAAUAAAUCAAACCUUUUAAUGAUUUGGGGUCUUAUCUGCAAACUUUUGGAAGCAGUCACAAAUGAGACCUGUUAUGAUGUGGUAUUUGGGGCGGGUGGGGUGGGCAGGGUUCUAGACAGUAUUUACAAGAAUCUGAUUCUUAUUUCCCAGGGAAAUUCUGGGCUCUCACAAAAUAAAAUAAUCCUCUUAGAGAAAGAAUGAGCAGGAAUAGUUCUUGCUCCUGAAUUGUACAGUAUUCACCAUAGGUUGAUUUUUUUUCUCUCCUUUUGCAAUCGAAUACAUUUUUCAUGCAUGUUUUCCAGAAAAUAGAAAUGAGUAUUAAUGUUAUUAAAAAGAUUAUUUUUUUUAUUAAAGGCUAUUUAUAUUAUAGAAACUAUCAUUAAUAUAUAUUCUUUAUUUCCAUGAUCUGCCCCAUAGUCAAGCAUUGUUUUGCACCCCAAAACUUUUUACGUUCAUAGCAGCAUGGUCAACCUUUCUCUUGGUCUGUGGGGGAGGCUCGGGCACUGUCCCAUUAUACCAGUAUCUAGUGUGUAACUAUUUAAGGAGAACAAGUUCAUCUUCUUUCCUUUUGUUUAUGUUUUCACAGAAAUCCUCCAUUUUCCAUCCUCUUUUAUACUUGAGAUGACGCAAUCAUAUGAAAUUAGGUACCAAAAUUAACACUUUAGAAUAUCUUCCCGAUUGCUUAAACCCUCUACCGAGGUUUGCUCAUGGAUAAUACUUUAUAGAAACAGUGAACUUUAGACCUGUUAGGCUAUUUAUCCAACAAUUCAGUAUAAAAGUAGGACCUUUAAGCCACCUUAAGACCAAGUCCAUUUCCAAGUGGUCAGGGCUCCACCUCUCUUAAAUCACCUUAGAGCACAGGAUACAUCCCAAGAUGUAGGAUCUAACGCUAGUCAUUCAUUCUGAUAUUUUACUCAGUAUUUAAAAUAAAUGAUUAAUAUCCUAGGAAAUAGGUUUAGCAAAUGUCCAGGUGCCACACCAGAAAAAGUGCAAUAAUUUACUGACAGUUUUCUAGAUUAGAUAUAUCAUUGGAAUACAACUUUAUUUUUUUUUUUAAAAAAUGUGUACAUGGUAUACUCUAGUAAAACAGAAUCACUUAAAAAAUAUUUAUUUAUGAAAUCAAUUACCUAUAGUAGAAGUCUUGAAUUAAUGAACAGGGGACUCUAACUCAAAUACUCUUAAUACUUGGCUAUUUUAGAACCCUUAAAGGGAAUAAGCAUUGGAGAUUUAGGUACUUCUUUAAAGCAUGCAUAUAAUAUUGCCAACAAGAAAAAAUUUGAAGACUAGGGGAUCUUUAUGUAUAAAGUGUCUUGGAGUAGUUACAAAGAGUUUAAACUCCAUCUUAAAUAGAAAACCAGAAAAAUUAUUGUGCAGAUAUAGAAGUUUCAUAACUUAUUAAAACAUCAUAGUAUUUUAAUCUUUAGAUAUAUUCAGUUAGUAACAUCCCAAUCCUUUCCAUAUCAGGGAUUGACUACAGGAAAACUCAGUGAAAUGGUACAAAUCCAUUAGUGGUGGAAAAUGAAAAUGUUACAGAGAACUGUGGUAUGUUUAUCUGAGUGCCAAAAAAGCCUUGAGCUUCGUUCACAAAAUUCUUGCAAUUUUUUUAUUUUUCACAUCAGUGCACAUAGUUGUCCCCAUCUCUCCACCUGGGACCCCUCCACCAUGAAACAUAAGCCACAUGACUUAUUUUUAACCAUUUUUAUUUUCAAGAGUUACAACAACCAAACUGAAGAAAUUCAAAUUUCAAAGAUUCAGUGAUCUAAUAGCGAAUUUUAAAUAGAUCCACGCAAAUUUUAAGCAGGUAACAUUAAAAAUAAGGGGCGGGGGGUUGGGGGUUUGGGUGAGGCUCUGCACUGAUUAGAAGGCAAACAACCAGAACUUGGAUUAAGUGCUAUAUCAGGUAAACUAGGCUGGAUUUCAGGUUAGUGUUUCUAUAACCACUGUGAGGCUUCAAGGUACUUUAAUAACAGAUCAAUUUCGAUGGGUUGGUCAGUUUCAAUAACCUACCAUGCUUAUCACUGAAUGUGGUAUAACUGACUGUUGGCUUGUGACAUUUGUAUCUGGUCACUUGAGAAAUUUUUCCUUCAGUAGCUGUCUUGAAGGGGGGGAGGGGGAAGCAGGUAUAGAAAAAACUAAAACCUAACUUUGAACACUUUUUAGCAGGAAAUUAUCAACUGUUUGAAAAUCAUGCUUUAACUUUUUUAUCAUAUUCUAAAAUAUAUGAAAUUGUUUAUUUUGAAGAUUUUUAGACUGCUGUUAGUUUGAAAUCUGUUCAUUAUAUUGUGGAAUUUCAUCUUUUUUAAAAGAUGUUUUUAAUUGGGUUUUUUAAAAAUGAAUGGAAUUUGGUCGCUAUUUUACAAUAGAACCUAAGCUUUUUGUGGUUGUUAGUGUCCUCUGUAAAUGUAGUGUCCAAGGAAUCAACUUUGAGGUUUUCCCUUCUAAUUAGCUUUAUAUUAUAAGGCCUUUAAAAGGAAGUGGGAACCUGGUGAAUAUAAUACAAUGAAUUGUAAAAUAUUUUAAUGUGUAACUUUUUCAACUGUGAAACUAUGACUAUUGGUUUUUUGAUGAACACAGCUGCUGAUAAAGUAUUUUGUGUAAAGUCUAGUUCUUAAUAUCAGGAAAUAAUGAUUUGUAUAUACCCUUUCAGAUUUUAUUUUAAAUGAGUUAUUGAUUUUCGCUUAAGUAAAACACGGUCCACCUGUAAUUUUUUCCCCAUCAAAAACUGUGAUUUGGCAUUAUUAACAAAUUAUAAAUAGCCUACCUAUUUUAAAGGCACCCUGGAAAUCUCACAGUGUACAUUUCUUAAUGAUCAUGUAAAUUCAUUUCAUUCAGAUUCUGGUUAAUAACCCCUAUUUGCCAACUCGUUGAUAUUUCAUUUUCAGCAUUAUUUCGGAGCUAGCAGGUGAACUUUUUCUGAGUGUUCUUAAGUUCCAUGUUUUUGUGUCUGCACCAAUUGCGGUCUCUUGGGCUGGACCCCCAUGUUCAGAAUCCACCUUUGAACAAUGAUAUUUUUAUGUCUUCAGACAUUACUGAAAUAGUUUUAAAGGCCAUAUGUGGUCUUAAUGGAUUGUGGUGCUUCUACUAAUUUAAAGACAACUUUCAUACUUCAGAUGUUUUUGAGACGAGGGAACUGUGGAGGAAAGAACCAGAAGUAGUGGGAGUUGGUUGAAUGAACCGCUUUCUUCACAUCACCUGCCUAGACGAGUACUGUCUGAGAGAAGGCGGAGUCGUGCGAGUAUACUGGACAGGAAAUUGAACUCUUCGUCAAGGACGGGAUUGUGAAGGCUGCACGAUCGUAUUCCAUUGUAUUCAACACUGACAAGAUCCUCAAAGAAUAAUUCUUGGUGACAAAGAAUAAUACAGCUGGGCUGUUUUUAAAACUAUAAACACAAACCACUUUUUAAAUUAUCAUAUUAAAAAAUUGUCAUUAUAUCUUAUGUGCCAUGGCUUGAGAAGCCUUUUUUAUCUUUUAGAAGUCAUUUUUCCUUUCUGAAAAGGUGGUGGGUUGAGCUCAAAAUAACUAUGGUCUCAAUAAAACUGGUUUUGAAACUCUACCUCAGAAGGAAGAAAAAAUAAUAAACAGAGUUCACGA